GUCAUUGAGGCGGCGCGGCCUCUCGAGCAGGUCAUGUGUGCAAUCCUCGCGAGCCACCGUCACGUGACCAGCGCUGAGAUCUCGGUACGGCGGUGACGUAGGCGCCGGAAGUUCGUUACCAUGAGUUAUGCAGAGAAGCCUGAGGAGAUCACCAAGGACGAAUGGAUGGAAAAGUUAAACAACUUACACAUCCAGAGGGCAGACAUGAAUCGUCUCAUCAUGAACUACUUGGUAACAGAGGGAUUCAAGGAGGCUGCUGAGAAGUUUCGGAUGGAAUCUGGCAUCGAGCCCAGUGUAGACUUGGAGAGCCUAGAUGAAAGGAUAAAGAUUCGGGAGAUGAUUCUUAAAGGACAGAUUCAGGAGGCCAUUGCCCUGAUAAACUCCCUCCACCCAGAGUUGCUGGACACUCACCGCUACCUUUAUUUCCACCUGCAGCAACAACAUCUCAUAGAGCUGAUCAGACAGCGGGAGACAGAAGCUGCUCUGGAGUUUGCGCAGACCCAGCUGGCUGAGCAGGGGGAGGAAAGUAGGGAGUGCCUAACAGAGAUGGAGCGGACAUUGGCACUACUGGCCUUUGACAACCCAGAGGAAUCCCCAUUUGGGGACUUGCUUAACAUGAUGCAACGGCAAAAGGUUUGGAGUGAAGUCAACCAAGCAGUCUUAGACUAUGAGAACCGCGAGUCAACACCCAAACUGGCAAAGCUCCUGAAACUGCUCCUGUGGGCGCAGAAUGAGCUAGACCAGAAAAAGGUCAAAUACCCCAAGAUGGCUGACCUCAGCAAAGGGACAGUAGAAGAGCCCAAGUAACAAAGACUGUCCCAGAAUGUGUGUGACCUCAUUCAUUAUCAGUCUGUGACUGCAGCAUUUUCUACCAGCACGCAUUUUGGACACUUCGUUCCCUUAGACAAUUUCCUUUAGGGCUCUCCCUUUACAGGAACAAGAGCCCAACCAAGAAGCAAAGCUGAAAGGUUAUAAUAAAGUUUAUUGGGUCUGUUAUCCUCAUGGACCGUUCUCUGACCUGGACUACAGUCAAUGCUUUGGAUGCAGGUCCCACCAAUCAGAGGGGAAAUAGGGAGAAAAGUAGUCUAUGCAUUGUACCACAGAAGUAGGGUAAUUUACCAAAAAUGACUACACUCAAGUAAAUAUUUAAUCCACGAAAUAGAUAUUAUUGUAAUCUGCUAAAUAUAUAUUUAUUAAUCCCCAUUUCUACAACAGGUGUCUUUUGAACAGGAUGAUUCAUAAUUAUUAGUAAUAAUAAUAAUAAUUGUAUUGCAAACAAUUAUGUAUUGGUAAUAUUUUCUGUGGUUUACUCUACACCACAAUUAUUGACUUAAUUUAUUUUAAAGCAGUCCCAAAAUUAUAUUUAUGGUUGAGCUAAUGUUAUGCAGAAAUAUCCCCAAUGUUGUUUCUGUGUUCCAGUGACAAGUUAGGAAAAAUGGUGCAUAUUCUGGCUAAACACAGGUUAGCAAGACAGUUUGUGGGAGGCUAGUCAACCAUUUUGUUUGUGAAGGCAAUUGAUUAAGCAGUAUUUGGAUAUUGGUUUAGCGCAUAAAAUUGUGUGCUUCUGUAAUGUCACUGGCGUUGAGUCAAUUGAUUGUCUGCAGUCGAUUAUUAGUUCAGCUCACGUGGUUUCCAUUGAGUAUAGGCUGCAUUCAGUUAUUGUUACCUCACAAAAGGGCUGCCUUUUCUGCAUGACUAGGCUGCACUUUCAUGAGGAUUUGUUUAUGCUAUAAAAUGUCAGUGCAGGUGUCUACAGAUGGAAGAACAUAUAGAAAUACUUAGUACUUAUUUUUUUUUUUUGUUGAUUCUACUUUUAUAACUAACCCUCCUCAUCAUUCUAGGCAUGUUUCAUUUUAGCUGGUUAGAACCCUCUUCAAAUUAUCCUUAUUUUCCCGUUCCAUAAAUGGCUAGAUAUUCUGUAAUCCUGCUGGCUGUAUGUAUGUAUGUAUGUAUGUAUGUAUGUAUGUAUGUAUGUAUAUGCGACAGUGCCAUGUAACUGUUAUUGAAUAUGCCACAAACAAACCCACCUUCUCUGGCAGUAUAAAACUGAAAGGACAGUGAUGUUUGUAACUGAAUCUAGACAUCAAGCAAAGUUCAGAAAGACUGUAAUCAAACAUACAGUAUACCAUGCAUCUACCAUCAUGACCUGCCAGUUCAUCCCUGAAGGAGUUAAAUAUUGCAUCAUGUAUGAAACAUAGGCACACCCUUUCAAGUGAUUUGCCCUAUUGUGCUGGAUGCAGGUGUUAUUACCAACCGGGAAGCGACAGGUUCUCAGAAUAGAAACGGAUUUAGCCAAAGCCAUACUUUCGUGGUAGAAAUUAUUGUGACAAAUGCUUAGCUGACGUGGGAAUUUGUUUAAUAUUCCUGCCAGCUCUAGAACACACUGGUCUACGUAUUCAGAUUUAUUUACUUUGUUUUAUCGUUUUUGUUAUGUGUGGGUUUUUUUUUUUUUUUUUUUUGCCGGGGAGGGACUCUUCUUCUUUUUUUUUUUUUUUUUUUUUUGCUCUCCUUCAGUGUUGGGCAGACAUUGCCCAUUGUUUUUGUGGCCAAUACUUCACUAUGAAUUGCAGCCAUCCACAGAUUGAACCUGCAAACCUCUUUGAUGAACACUGAUUCAGGUUGUAGUGAGUGUGGAUGGUUUUCUGUUUUACUCAGUCUGCCUCAUUUUGUCACAUGUUCAGGUUAAUAACAAGGACUGUUCUGCCAUCAAAGUGAUGUAAUUACAUAAGAUGCCCCUGUUCUCUACACAGACAAUAGAGGUGGCCACUUUGUGGGUUGGGACAAAAUGUAUGAGAAUGCAGCCUAUUUAUGUAUAAAGAGUAGUGGAGCUGCUAAGAUUCAGUGCCUCAGUGAUAUCACUGGUUUCUAGUGAAUUUAUAGACUGUUUUUGGAGAGUGAAUGAGUAUAUAUAGCUUUUCCCACUGUGUGCACAUGAGGUACUUAGGGGAGGUCAUUGAUUCCUAGUGAAGGUUGCAGUCUUGUGAAUGUUUUGUUUCCCUCAAAAUGGUUGCCUUCACUAUGUGUAGGGGAUAGUUAUAAUAUGGCACCCGUUAUGUGAUUACACUUCACAGAUCUGUUUCCUAUUCAUCUGUUCUGUUUCAAAAGAAAGGUUUCUUGCAUUGCUUGAUUAGGGUUAGUUGGUUGAAAACAUUCUUCUACUCGCACAACUGUUAGGUCAAUAAAUAUCUACAAACAUGGCUUUUAUGGGACAGGUCAUGCCAGUCUGGAUCUUCAUUACCACAUCCAGUGCAUUGAUCAGUUGGAGAAUAUUGGGUGGCUUUCCUCUGUGCUGGAUAAGUGAAUUACAUUGUACAUAGCAGUAUGCCUUUGUAUAUAGUUUUACAUUCUUGCAGGUUGAAUACAUUGAUAUGUGUGUGUGUACUGUGCAUUAUACUUGGGAGAGGUUAGUCAAAUGUUUUGCAAUUAAAAUUUCUGAAGACAUAAAA